AGGGACGUCAUGCAGGAGAACUAUGAGACGGUGACCUCGCUGGGAAACCCCGUUCCCAAACCUGAGCUGAUCACCCAGCUGGAACGAGGGGAAGAGCUGUGGGUCCCGGAUCUCAAGGCCUCCGAGGAAGGGGAGAUCCCAAGAGGCUCCCAUACGGCAGGUGAAGGUACAGUGAGUGAGAUCAAGGAAGAGAAUCCACAGCAGGAACAUCCUGAGCAACAGGAACUGCAUAGGAUGUUAUCGGGAAGAUCCAAAGAGAAUUUUUCCCAGAGUGCUGAACAGGGAAAAGUCUGGGGGAAUCGGCCCAAGUCAGAGAAGCACAAAGGGAAAGAAGUGGGUAAAGCCAUUAAUUGUAGGAGAGGAUGCAGUAAUCCCAAGGAAACCACAGCCCAACAGAAAAUCCAGACAGAAGAGAGAAAGUACACGUGCACUGAGUGUUGGAAAAGCUUCAGUCGUAGUUCAAACCUCAUUGCCCAUCAGAGAAUCCACACGGGAGAGAGACCCUUUAAAUGUACCGAGUGUGGGAAAAGCUUCAUUCAGAGAGUAAACCUCAUUUCUCAUCAGAGAAUCCACACGGGAGAGAGACCCUAUAAAUGUACCGAGUGUGGGAAGAGCUUCAGUAAGAGAUCGCACCUGAAUACACACACAAUAAUCCACACAGGAGAGAGACCCUAUAAAUGUACCGAGUGUGGGAAAAGUUUCGGUCAGAGAUCACAGCUUAAUACGCACAAAAUAAUCCAUGCAGGAGAUGCAUCCAUGAUAACCCACGGCAGAGAAAAACAUUAUACGUGCUUGGACUGUGGGGAAAACUUGAAGUGGAGCUCAGAACUGGUUACACAUCAGAGACUCCACACAGGAGAGAUCCCUUAUAAAUGCUUUGACUGUGGGAAAUGUUUCAUGCGGAGUUCAACCCUUAUCUUACAUCAGAGAAUCCAUACGAGAGAGACACCCUAUCAGUGCCCCAGCUGCGGGGAGAGAUUCAGAUGGAGUACGCAGCUUGUGAAACAUCAGAUGCUCCACACGGGAGAAAGACCCUAUAAAUGCCCCGACUGUGGGAAAAGCUAUAGUGACAGCUCAUCCCUUAUUUCACAUCAGCGAACCCACACGGGAGAGAAGCCCUAUACCUGUGUGGACUGUGGGAAAAGUUUCAAUCAAAACUCAACCCUGAACAGACACAAGAGGCUCCACACGGGAGAAAAACCCUAUAAAUGCACUGAGUGUGGGAAAAGUUUCAGUCAGCGCUCAAACCUCAGUGUGCAUCAGCGACUCCACACAGGAGAGAAACCCUAUAAAUGCCCCGACUGCGGGAAAAGCUUCAAUCGGAGAUCAAACCUUAGCGUGCACAAGAAACUCCACGCAGGAGAGAAACCUUGAAUGGGGGAGACGCUACAACUGGGGCUGCGAUUUAUAUUAGGCCUCAGCAAAUCCAUACAGGGAAGAUACCUCUUAAACAUCCUGAGCGUGGAAAAUACUUCAAGCAGAGUUAACGGGCUUGUCUACCCUACAGAGCCUUGGCCGGGAUAGCUCGGCUGGCAGGGUCACCUAGUGGAUAAGCAGCGCAAGCCAACAGAGAUCUUCUGCCAGACUAGUUAAAAAGUCUCCUGGAAGGAGGUUAGCUAAAUCCACAGACGCACUAGCUGCAUCUAUACUCAGAGUUUUGCCAGCAUGGCUGGGGGUGUGUGAUUUUCCCCACACACACUCUUAGCUAUGCCGGGAAAACUUUGUAGCCUAGACAAAGCAGUUAUUGGACAACAGGAGAGAGAUUCUACCAGUGCCUGACUAGGGCUGACUACUGUGUUUAAAAAAAAAAAAAAUCUGUUUCCUCGUUCCCGCACACAUUAGGGGCAUUUGGCUCCCAAGUGACCAGCUGCCCAUUGCUGAGGUGAGGAUCCAGCAGCAGCUGGUCAGUGACCCUCUGGCUCUGCCUGGUCUAAGCAAACCCCAGGCAGAGAAGGAGAAGCCCCCAUCAACCCCUGCUCCCUGCUACAGCCCUGGCUGCUGAGCUGAUGGGCCACAGGUGGGGAAGGGAGAGAGA